CUCAUCUCCAAGCGCUCUCACCAUGAACAGACAAGGCUGCAAGACAUCCGGGGGCUUCUCCGGCCGCUCUGGGGGCUUCUCCGGCCACUCUGCCGUGGUCUCCAGCAGCAGCGGCAGCAGCAGGAUGAGCUGCGUGGCCCGCACUGGGAGAGGUGGCGGAGGGGCCUGCGGGGCCCGGGGCGGAGCCGGCGGCUUCGGCAGUCACAGCCUCUACAACCUGGGCGGCUCCAAGAGCAUCUCCAUGAGCGUGGCUGGUGGCCCCCGGGCUGGUGGCUUCGGGGGAGGACGUAGCAGCUGUGGUGGUGGCUUUGGGGGCGGUCAAGGAGGUGGCUUUGGUGGUGGCAGAGGAAUGGGAGGUGGCUUUGGAGGGGCUGGUGGCUUUGGAGGGGCUGGUGGCCUUGGGGGGGCUGGUGGUUUUGGAGGGGCUGGUGGCUUUGGAGGGGCUGGUGGUUUUGGUGGAGGUCGUGGUUUUGGUGGCCCCGGUGGCCCUGGUGGCUUUGAUGGCCCUGGUGGCUUUGGUGGCCCCGGUGGCCCUGGUGGCUUUGGUGGCCCUGGUGGCUUUGGUGGCCCCGGUGGCCCUGGUGGCUUUGGUGGCCCUGGUGGACUCCAUGGGGGAAUCCAUGAAGUGACAGUCAACCAGAGCCUCCUGCAGCCCCUCAACUUGGAGAUUGACCCCCAAAUCGGACAAGUGAAGACCCAGGAGCGGGAGCAGAUCAAAGCCCUCAACAACAAGUUUGCCUCCUUCAUUGACAAGGUGCGGUUCCUGGAGCAGCAGAACCAGGUGCUGCAGACCAAGUGGGAGCUGCUGCAGCAGCAGGGUUCACACUCCUCCACCAGCACCAACAACCUGGAGCCCUUCUUUGAGUCCUACAUCAGCUUCCUGCACAAGCAGCUGGACUCGGCGGUGGGAGAGAAGGGGAACCUGGAAGGGGAGCUGAAGACCAUGCAGGACCUGGUGGAAGACUUCAAAAAGAAGUAUGAAGAUGAGAUCAACAAGCGCACGACGGCCGAGAACGAGUUCGUCGGGGUCAAGAAGGACGUGGACGCUGCCUACAUGAUCAAGGUGGAGCUGCAGGCCAAGGUGGACGCCCUGAACGACGAGCUCAAUUUCCUGAGGACCCUCUAUGACAUGGAGAUGACCCAGGUGCACUCAGACUCCAGCGACACGUCCGUGGUCCUGUCCAUGGACAACAACCGCUGCCUGGACCUGGACAGCAUCAUCGCCGAGGUCAAGGCCCAGUACGAGGAGAUCGCGGAGAGGAGCAAGGCCGAGGCCGAGGCCCUGUACCACGGCAAGCUGGGAGAGCUGCAGAACACGGCCGGCAGGCAUGGAGAUGACCUGAAGAGCACCAAGUCCGAGAUCAUGGAGCUCAACAGGAUGAUCCAGAGGCUGCGGGCCGAGAUCGAGAGCGUCAAGAAGCAGAAUGUCAACCUGCAGGCGGCUGUUGCUGACGCCGAGCAGCGCGGGGAGCUGGCCCUCAAGGACGCCAACGCCAAGCUCCAGGAGCUUCAGGUUGUCCUGCAGAAGACCAAGGACGACCUGGCCCGGCUGCUGCGCGACUACCAGGAGCUGAUGAACGUGAAGCUGGCCCUGGACGUGGAGAUCGCCACCUACAGGAAGCUGCUGGAGGGCGAGGAGUGCAGGAUGUCUGGAGAGUGUCAAAGCACCGUGAGCAUUUCGGUGGUCAGCAACGCCAGCAGCACCAGCAGCACUUCCGGCGGAAGCCACGGAGGCUUCGGAGGGGGCAGCGGCGGCGGCAGAGGCGGCGUCGGCGGCAGCGGCUGCGUGCCCAGCGGAGCGGGCUCCAGCUCCGGGGGCGUGCAUUCCUCCGGUAGCAGUGGCUACAAGUCGUCCAGCGGCAGCAGCAGUAUCCGCUUCUCCCAGACCACCAGCUCGAGCCAGCACGGCUUCAAGUGA